GGCUUCAUUUUCGAGGGUGAGGUGUUUUUACCAACUUUUGGCGUAUUUUGAUAUCGUUGAUCAGUUUUAAAAUGCUGAAGUAGUGCUUCAAUUCUAAAAGUGUUCAAAUAUGUGUCGUGAUAGUGACUUAAUAAUUAAAAGUUUGGUUAAAGUGUAGUGUCCAACAUGUUUCGAUGUAUACCUUUGUUCAAAUGUAAUCGCCAAGUGGAAUGUGUAGACAAGCGGCAUUGCUCCUUGCCAACAGUACCUGAAGACAUUUUACGAUAUUCCAGGAGUUUGGAGGAACUUUUUCUAGAUGCAAAUCAUAUACGAGAUUUACCGAAAAAUUUCUUCAGACUUCACCGUCUUAGAAGACUAGGUUUAAGUGAUAAUGAAAUUCACAAACUUCCGCCUGAUAUACAAAAUUUUGAAAAUUUAGUCGAGCUAGAUGUUUCAAGAAAUGACAUUCCCGAUAUACCUGAGGAUAUUAAGAAACUUCGGGCACUUCAGAUCGCUGAUUUCAGCAGCAAUCCAAUACCUCGUCUGCCGGCCGGCUUCAGCCAGCUACGAGCGCUCACCGUCCUCGGUCUCAAUGAUAUGUCACUGACUAGUUUACCCAGCGAUUUCGGCAGCUUAAUAUCUCUCCAAUCUUUGGAGCUGAGAGAAAAUUUGCUCAAGUCAUUACCGGAGUCGCUGAAGAACCUUACGAAAUUGGAAAGGUUGGAUUUGGGAGAUAACGAGAUCGAGGAAUUGCCUGGUUUUAUCGGUGAGCUACCAGCUUUACAAGAACUAUGGUUGGAUCACAACAAACUACAAAAUCUGCCAUCGGAGAUAGGAAACUUGAAGGCUCUCAUAUGUCUGGACGUCAGCGAGAACAAGCUAGAGAGGAUCCCAGAAGAUAUCGGUGGUCUUUCAUCACUCACAGAUCUCCAUCUAUCCCAGAACAUGUUAGAGACGGUACCGAACGGUAUUGGAGAUUUAUCGAAGCUAGCUAUACUUAAACUCGACCAAAAUAGACUUCACACUUUAAACGAAAACGUCGGAAGGUGUACGAGUCUACAGGAGUUAAUUUUGACGGAGAAUUUUUUAACGGAACUGCCCAAGUCAAUAGGCAAUCUUAACGAAUUGACAGUCUUGAACGUCGAUAGAAAUUCAUUAGGUGAUAUUCCGUUGGAAAUUGGAAAUAUGACCCUCCUGGGUGUUCUGAGUCUGAGGGACAACAAACUAACCAAAUUGCCUAACGAACUCGGCAACUGCAAGUCACUCCACGUGUUAGACGUCAGUGGGAACAGAUUACAAUACCUGCCUUAUACUCUGGUCAAUCUAGAGCUGAAGGCUGUUUGGUUGUCAGAGAACCAAGCGCAGCCCCUACUAACGUUCCAGACGGAUAGAGACGAAACCACCGGCGAGAAUGUACUCACGUGCUUCCUGCUACCACAGCUGAGUUACACGCAACAACCAGAGUUGGAACAUACAUCAGAGGUCGGCAGUGGCACGUGGUUCAGGGAUCACAGGUUUAAUUCCAAUUCACAAGAGCUUUAUAGGAUUGAUGAAGCAAACUAUUCCCGGGACCGGGAUUCAGAUGACGAUUGGGAGGAAAAGGAAGCGUCUAGGACGAUAUCUGUCAAGUUCAAUGAAGAUGUUCCGGAAGCAAAAGAGACGCCGUUCGUACGUCAGAACACUCCUCAUCCGAGGGAGUUGAAGGCAAAAGCUGUCAAGCUGUUCACGCGAACACCUGAACAACAGCAGGAGAGAGAGAUCGAGAGGGAGAAAGAGACAGAGAGAGAAAAAGAGAAAGAGAAGAUCAAUGAGAUACCGACAACAAACGGCAUUGUACUAUCACCGCCGGACACACACGCACCUGAUGUUACUGAGCCACCGUUGGCUUACGUACACGAAAUAACGAGGGACGAUGAAAGCGAUAGCCAGACAGCUCACGAGAAGGAAUCGUCUGAUGCUGAGAAUGAAGACGAAGAUUCGGACGAGUUAGAGGGAUCGGGGCGUCGUGUAGCGUGGGCCGGUGUCCGUGAGCCGCGGGGAGCUGGUCGUCUCCAUCGCCGGGACACCCCCCAUCAUUUGAAGAACAAACGCGUCAACCAGAUAGACGCUGGACGGGCGAGGGAUCUUAUAGCGCAGGCUAUAAAGAAACGAGAUCAACACGAAAUUAGAACGGACGAAGAAGUCACUGACGACGUUCCAGACGGCGAAUCGGUAUCGGAGCGUGCUGACAGCGAAGUACGUAUAGUGAACGACCAGAAAUGUAUAGAGGUGCGUAUAGCACGGGCGGCUGGUGGUCUGGGUCUCAGUAUAGCUGGAGGAAGAGGAUCCACACCAUAUGUAGGGGACGACGAUGGCAUCUUCAUAUCAAGAGUCACUCCUAAUGGACCCGCAUAUCUCGCUGGGCUUAGGGUCGGUGAUAAAGUGCUGUCAGUGAAUGGUACGUCAGUGGUAGAUGUCGAUCAUUACUACGCUGUUGAGGUUCUAAAAGCGAGCGGACAGACACUCACUCUGGUUGUUACUAGAGGCUCGCCAACGUCCACUAGAACUCACAGUAGAGCCCCGAGCGGUGCAAGUCAUCACUCUAUAUCCAGCACCACGGACACUGUAUCCACAUUGGAAAAUGGACAGGUUCCGACCGGACGCGGUAUAUUAUCGAAGCCUCUCAUUAUCAGCAACCAGUACGCUGAGGAGUUCGAUCCGGAGAUCAAGGAAACUGUCAGCAAUCAAACAAAUAUAGGAUACGGAACCAACUAUCAAAGACUACAGGCUUCACCUCCACCUAUUACACAGCCUUAUGUACCACCGGCGUAUCAACAGAAGGUGCUAGUUCAUACGACGCUGAUCCGGGAUGGGACUGGUCUUGGGUUUAGUAUUGCUGGUGGCAAAGGUUCCCCGGCUUAUAGAGAAGACAGUGACGCCAUCUAUGUAUCCCGGAUAAGUCCUCAGGGAGCCGCUGCCAAGGAUGGGAAAAUGUUGGUCGGGGAUAAGGUCGUCUCGAUCAACGGCGUUGAUAUGGAGCAGGCGACUCACGAAACAGCUGUCUCCUUACUGACGGGUCACGAACGUUUCGUGAGACUUGUACUACAACGGACAAUAACACAGGAACAAGGAGAUCUUAUACCACGGAAGUCAACAUCGGAAGAAAUAAAGGAGCACAAGACGAGCCUGCAGAACGUGAACAUCACGCCGGCACAGAAACCCACCGCCAACCACGUGCCAUUGAUUGGCAACCAUACAGCACCACGCGCGAACACACACGCACCGCAACCGAACACGCAGACAAACACGCAACCAACAACGCAACAACACACACAUACACAAAAACCGUUGAUCACACAGACACACACAUUCGCAGCACCACAGCCAGCCCCAAGAAAACUAAGUCAGACUAAUGGAACGGCGAGACCGGCAACUAACAGUACGAGCACGCCUCUAACUCCCGGCGCAAAUAAAAUGCACGCAUCUAGCGACGACGUGUUCGAAGAUAUCCAGCCGCGGGCGAUCACCAGCGAGGACUUCCAAGCGAUGAUACCGGCGCACUUCCUCGGCGGUGGCGGCGGUGGCGGCGGUGGUAGCGGCGAUGGUGGUGACGGUGGCCGCGUGCGUGUGGUGGUCGAGCGCCCGCGGCCGCCAGUGUUACCGCCGCCGCCUUCCACCAUCGGCCGCGUCACCGAAACCAUCACCAAGUCGACCUUCACCGAGACGACGGUCACACGCAUCACUGAUAACAAACUCGUCGAGCCACUCAUCAUUGAAGAUGUUAUAUUGGUUAAGGACGGCGGCUCUCUCGGGUUCAGUAUAAUCGGUGGUACCGACCACUCCUGUGUGCCAUUCGGCGGCAAAGAACCCGGCAUAUUUAUAUCACAUAUUGUUCCGGGCGGCGUGGCGGCUAGAUCUGGCAAGCUUCGUAUGGGCGAUCGUUUGCUUAAGGUGAACGGCACCGAUCUCCCCGGGGCCACUCACAGGGACGCCGUCCAACUGCUCCUACAGCCGGGGCCCACCCUCACACUCACAGUACGACACGACCCGCUACCGCUAGGAUUCCAGGAGUUGACCAUAAUAAAGCAAGAAGGUGAAAAACUGGGUAUGCAUAUAAAGGGAGGUUUGAACGGACAACGCGGCAACCCUAAUGAUCCAAAUGAUGAAGGAGUGUUUAUAUCGAAGAUAAAUAGCGGCGGAGCAGCCCGGAGAGACGGCAGACUGAAGGCUGGCAUGCGUCUGUUAGAAGUGAAUGGCAUUUCCCUUCUCGGUGCUACACACGCGGAAGCUGUAAACGCCCUAAGAUCUGCAUCGGACGCCCCACUAACACUAGUCGUCUGCCAUGGAUAUUCACGUCCGGAGAAGAGUACUACGGGCAGUGAGAGCGGGACGGCUGAUACCGGCGGCUCUCUGUCUCACUCUACCUCCAGUCUGGAUAGAGACGAGUCCUUGCAUCAACAACAGGAACAACAUAUCCGACAAGAUUUAGUGGAGUUUGAACAUGAGAAGCAAGUCGCCGAGGUGAGGGAGAAAUCCACCCCUGAAAAGGUGCUAGACAUAGUGCAUGCUGUAGAGAGUAUCGCCCUUGAUCCUUCACCACCCACGCCGGAACCGCAUCAGAAGACCACUACCGUCGUCAUGUCUAAGCACACUCUGCACAACCAGUCGUCUAGUGCGCCGGUUGCGGUGUCACCGUUGGGGGUCACACAACACAAGCCGAAGAGUCCACCUGCUGAUAGUCUUGGAACAUCAAUCGACCCACCGACUAACCCACCGCCGGUCAAACAGAAACCACAAGUGCCUAAGAAGCCACAAAUGAAGCGAGUUAGUUUCACAUCGGAAGCACAAGAUAUGACGAACGAAUCGAACGAGCGAAACAUAACGCAUCUAUCGCAUGAUACAUCCCCGAUGGAUACUACUAACGAUGCAUGUCAGGGAAAUAGCUCUUUACUAAUAAAACAUCGACCCACUAAAAUUGUGAAUGAAACCAAAUCAAGUAUCGUACGCCCCGAAGAAUUUAUCAUCCCACCUCCGCCUUUAUUCGCGACUAAAGUAAGUUUAAGUCAUUUAGUACAUGAGGCGGCACCUCAGCUAGACGCCUCCCUCAUCACUGUUGUCCCUGAGAGAGUAGUCCUGCCAGAACCUAUAGUGGCCGAAACAACUGUGCAGUCUAGUAACUCAACCAAUUCACCAGAAACAGAAUUCCCUCCACCCGUCAACUACAAUGCGCAUCCGAUUUUAGAUAGUUCUUUAAGAUUAGAUAGGGAUCCUCUUGCAGCACCAAUAUUUUCUGAAGUGCCUUCACCUCAAGUCUUCCGUAAUAAAUUACCGUCUAGCGAGAGUAGUGAAUACUUUGAAGAAUUAUCAGUUAGUCCUGUAGGAGAGCCAGAGCCACCGGAAUUGUUGUAUGCUCAAUAUAAAACUCUUCCUUCUGUAUCACACGUACCGAAUUCACCUUGCUACUUGCAUCCUAUGAGAGGCCAGUUCGAUGACUCAGAUGCCAAUUACUACACUUUGCGCGACUUACGAGUUAAGAACAUAUCGCCGAACAUGGUCCAUUCUAUAACUUAUCCUCCUUGUAAUCCAUACCCCUCGUUAACGACGGUCGCGGGUACAUUCAAUCCAUAUACUUGCACGGUCCCAUCAAGGGCAUCUAGCGACGAAUCGUUCUCGCCAUCAAAACCGCAACUGUCACCGUCAUUAAUUAGUUCAGUAGGAAAAGAUAUAAACGCCAAUGUCACACAACUUGUUACGAUUAAAGAGGAAGAUGCUCCUAAAAGUGUUCAAUUAGAAAGAAGAGUCCGUUUCGGCGAAGUGACGACUGCGCCAGAAAUUAAUAGAUUUUCAAUGGGUUCCGAAACUGCGAGAGAGGGAAGUACCUCGCCCGCAUCCACCCUGAAACCCUCAUGGAGCAGCAAAAUCAAAUCCUUUGCCAUCGGCGAGGCUUCCCCACCUCAAUCUGGUAAUUUUGUGAAAGCAUCUGUGAGCGAUAAGAAAAAAUUCUUUGAGAAUGCUAUGGAAGAAAGUCACAAAUCAUCACCCAAGCCAGAGAAAGUAUUCGCAUUCUUAUCAGCGGAUGAGGUGGAGAAAUUGAAGCAGGAAGAGGAGCGGAAAAUGGCGACGCUCUCCCGAGCUGAGCUCGCCUCGUGGUCGCCCGACCGCCAGAGCGGAGACAGCGAGCAUUCAGACGAUGAACCGUAUGAGAACGGUCACAGCGUUUCGUUGGGUGGUGUUUCCCCCUCAGCGAAAUCUCAGCGUCGUGCGGGACGCGAUGGUUUAGACGCUGAGGCUCGCGCAGCACGACGAGCAGCCUGGCGAGCAGCCCGUCUGCGCUCGCUAGAACAGGACGCGAUUGAAUCACAAAAAGCAAUUAAAAGCAUGGUGGGUCCAGCGCAUGAAAUCAUAGGAGAGGUGCCGCCAAGGGAUAAUUCUCCUUCCGAGAAAUGGCCCCUGCCUCGUAUCGCGUUACGUACAAAGCCGGGGCCAAUACUGGCCGUGAAGGAGAAGGAAAAGUUGUUAGACGAGCGAAUAACACUGCGAACUGAGGAAUACGUCUGUCCGGCUACCGGCGAGACUAAAGUGCGAACCGUCGAGUACAUUGAGAAAGUUAUUGAGAAAGAGGUGGAGACGACUCAAGAGAAGAUAAUAUCAUUGGAAUUAACAACGAGUCCGAGUAGUGAGACGGCACCGGAUUUAGAAUUGGGAGCUAAUCUGGAGGCAGAAGAAUCCGGGGAGAACUCUCUUCAGCCAGAUAUCAUACAAGUGGUGAAUCCCAUACUCGAUGGCGGAGCCGGUCACGUGACUUCCAUACCCGUAGGCCCCGCCCACAGGCUCACCUACACAGAUAAACAGUAACGAGGGUUGCCACCUCUAUGUUGUAGAGUUGGUCUUAACCUUCGACGUUAUAUGGAAUUCAUAUUAUUUAUUUCAAUUUGAUGAUUUAUGUUGACUUGAAAAAUUAUUUGUUUAAUAAUAAUUUUAACUUAAAGUUGGCAACCCUACGUCCGUGACAACGCUAUCGGCUAGACUAGUCGACUUCACGUCGAGGAUCAAACUCGAUCGUAGAUUUCUUCAAGGGAACGAACGAAAUUAAAAUAUUUUACAUCCAUUUUGUAUUAUAACUGUGAUAAUAAGUAUAGAAUUCCACCGAUUUUUGCUCUUAUUAUUGAUAUGGAAAUCGUUGAAGAAAUCCACCAGCGAGGUGCAUCUACGUGGCAUUUUUAUUUCGAUCACAAUUUUUUUUUCUAUAUAUAUAUAUCUUGUCAUUAUUUUCCGCGACGGAGAUUUAUAUUUGAUCUUAGAUAGUUUUUAUCUAUUUUGAUAAUAAAAUUUUUUCUUGAUGUACUUUACGUAUCGUAAUUUUUAAAUGUAACUUCAUUCCGUGCAAGUUUUAUUGUCUGACUGAAUGUUGACUGUACCUGCUAACGGAAUUUGCUAGGUUCCGUUGGGUAUCGGAUUUUUAUUCAAACACGGCUGCGUUGCCUUAUACAAAAUGUAAAUAAACACGGCGCAUUGGCAUCACACGACUUACUAUAUAAUACAUUCAUGUUAUAUACUUGGUACAAACUCAUAUGUACAUAAGUGUAAUUUCAAUCAUUGUCGUUAUGAACUGAUGUAUUAAUAUUAUAAUUUUGACAUUUUAUUUUUCUCUAUGUAAGUGGUGCCUUAAUUCCUCAGAUGUACUGUAUUCAUACAAUUCAUAUUCAUUUUAUAAUAGAAGCUUGUCGAACGUUUUUAUUAUAAUGUAAACUAGUUUUAAGCGAUUUUAUAAUAAAUAAAAUUUAUUUGUCGUAUACAGAUAGUGAUCUAUUCUGCAUUUUCAUUGGAUGUGUGUAACGUGUCGAGAUGGACAUGCCCUUACGAAAUGUAUAUUUACCUUGGUGAUGAAUUUGUAAUAGAUUUUGAUAUUUAAAUUGAAUAACAGUUAAAAUUUUAGUAUUAUUGUAUCGGAUGGGAGAAUGGUAUGGUGUGUUCUUUAUAUCUUUCUAAGGAUCUUUAGUAAUGUGGAUUGUAAACUAAUGAAAUUAUUGUAUGUUUGUCCAAUAAAUGGUUUAAUAUAUAUUUUAAUAAAAUUACAUAAUCCUUU